AUGUCUUUCCUCCGUUCUUCAACCCUGACCAAUCUCCUCGGCCUCGCCAACCUGUCUGCCCUAGGAGCAGCAACAUUUUACUUGAAGUCACUGCACAUGAGGAACCUCGAGGAGCACGAAGAACACGAGGCUCGGAUGGACGGGCUGGAGGGGACACUGCGCGGCCACAUCGGCUUGAUCGAGGACUCACUCGAGCGUCUCGAGGGGCAGAAGAUGAAGGGGAUGAGCGAGAAGGCCCAGAAGUUGUACAUGGCGCGGGGUAGAGUGGACGAAGGUGGUUCGUAG